GGCCUGUGAUGUAACUGCCAAGUUGGAAGUUCAGCUUGUCCCGGGUCGACUGCGCAUUUGAUCCUGUUCGCGCAUUCUCCAGCCCGGCACCCCGACGCAACCGACCACACGAUGCGAGUAUCUUGAGCCUCCAACAUGGGUGCCAGCGACUCUAAGCUUGUCUUCAAAAAGGGCAUCUUCAGGCUCUCCGAGGAGAGGCACAUUCCUGCCGGCGAUGCGUACUGGGCCUCUUUCUGGGAGCUCCCCGAGUCUGCCGAAGAUAUCUUCAGCCUCUUUGCGCCAGCCGAUGUGCGCCGCACUCGCGACAAUGCGCUCGAGAACCUGGAGACCCUGAUACAGGCCGUAACGACCCGCCUGUUCCUCCUCUGCCGUCACCCUUCCUUCCCGGACCCCGAGUUUGCUCCCGACCGAGAAGCGCUGAAUUGCAUCCGCGUUCUAACACGAGUGCUCCCCUUUAUUUACGAAAAGGAGUCGCUACAGCAGUGGGAGCAUGACGUGCUAUGGUCACCGAGGCGCAGGCGAACCCGGAAAGCCGCCAUCUCCAAUGAAGUGUUGUUUGAUGGAGGUCAGGAUGGGCAACCUAGAGAGGCGACAGACGAGUUUGAGGAUGCGAAGCCGCUGGCCGAAGAGUUGAUCGACACUCUCCUCGACUUGCUCUUCUUCUCCGACUUCACGGUGCCCAACGCCGCUCAGGGAAAGCCGAGGGUCACCUACGCCAUCUGGCAAAGCGGUGUAGGCUGCAACACGUCAAUACCCACUGUCAAGGAGCACGAGAACAACCGCUGCGAGAUUCUGCGUCUGCUCUUAACUCUAGCAAGUCAAAGCAUGUAUCUGUCACCGAGCGUCCUACCACAACAGGGGACCAAGGCCCUCACCUACAUUUGCACGUGCUCAGACAAGCAGGUGGUCCUGUCUGUGUUGUGUUCGCUGCUGAACACAACCCUCAAAUACAACCCAGCCAGCUGGCGGGUACCAUACAAUGCUCUUGUCUUCAAGGACCCGAAAGAGAUUCUCGUUACAUAUACCCUCCAGUUCCUCCUGACCACGCUGCUGUACACCAUCCCUGAGCAGGCCGGUGCCAUGGCUCCCAAGAACUAUUACCGUCACUUCCUCGGCCGCCUUCACCGGCCCCAGGACUUCCAGUUCGUCGUGGACGGUAUGACGCGGAUCUUGAACCAGCCACUUCAGACUAAUUCCUCGUACCUGCCAGGAGCCCAGACCUCGGUGAGGUUCGCUCCCGAAAUCAUCAUGCUCUUCUGGGAGAUGACACAAUGCAACAAGCGGUUCCGAUCGUUCAUUAUCGAUACGGAGAGAGCUCACGACUUCAUCAUACUCGUCCUGUUCUAUGCCCUCGAGAACAAGGCCGACGCGGCUAAACAAGGCGUUGUGAGGAUGUGUGCCUUUCUCCUGCAGACACUCAGCGUAGAGAAGAAUUUCGGGGUGAACCUGAACAAGUCGUUCGAGGCGCAGGAUACAUUACCCCCUGCCAUCCGGAUCACAGGGUUCAAGGGCACAUAUGGUGAUUUCCUCAUCCAAUCCAUCUAUAGCCUCAUCACGACCAGUCAGGGGAAGCUCACCGCUAUCUACCCUGCCCUUCUAGCGGUUAUCAACAACAUUGCCGCAUAUCUGGAAGGGCUAAGCGCGGCCACAUGCUCCAAAAUCAUGCAGCUGUUCAAUUCCAUGUCCUCGCCCUCAUUUCUCCUGGCCAAUGAAACAAAUCACAGCCUCUUGAGGUCAUUGCUAGAGGCCAUCAAUGCCAUAGUUGAGCACCAGUACAGAGAAAACCCGCAGUUCAUCUUCUCCAUUCUCAGGAACCGAAAGAGAUUCGAAGCGCUGCGCUCCUUGACGCUCGAAAGCGGUCAAGAGGAAAUCCAGAGGCGCAACCGGAGACGUAAGGACAGUGGGGCUUCUCACGACCCGUUAGAGCCCACGUCGACUAGGAGUUCGGUGGAGAGCAUAAGGAGUCCGACUGCACCUCUCUCUCGAGCGCCUACGCUCGGCGAUGUCCCAGAGGAGGACGGAACAUUUGCGGUUGGGGAGGAUGAGGAUGAGAGCGACGACGAAGCACGGCCGACACCGGCAAAUUCAAGCCCGAGCGACAACCCGUCGGUAGCUUCGUCGGUAGCAUCAGCGGCCGACGACGAUGUUCCGAGACAGCUGCAGGGCAUGUCAGAGAAGGCAAGAGGGAAAAUGCCGGCGGGGACCGGCAACUUCUCACGUCAGAACAGUACCACCAGUCUGGGGGGGCCUGCCACUGGCCAGUCGCAGUCUGGGCUGUUUGAGCCAUCCGCCCAGUGGAUGGACAGUUGGCUGCCGGAACUACCGCUCCACACGGUGCUGACCGUCCUGCAGCAGUUUUCGGCGCUGAUCCCCCGUCAAGCCCUCGUGACGGACACGCCGCCCCCGGCCGUACUGGCCAAGAUCCGCGAUGUGCAGCUGCUCGGCGUCGAGCCGUCGCCCAUUCGGGUACACUCGUUUGAGUGGUCGCCCUUGGCGCUUGGGUGGUACGAGUCGCUGCUCUGGGGUUUCAUCUUCGCCGGCGAGAUGCAAGUGUCGAAGGGCACUGUGGGCGUCUGGAACACGACGCAAAUCAAGCUGUUCCGGGUUCAGGAAACGGCGCCACAGGGACCCACGCUGACCUCGCCGCGCGGCGCGGUGGAUGCGGUGGGCAGCAAUAUUGUCUCCCGCAUUGGAGCCAUCAACUUACGUGGUGUUGGGACACCGUCGAUGCCCGGGAAUGGGCAGCUGCCUCCAGCCCGUGCCGCGUAACAGGUUCAUGGAGAGCUCACUUUAACGGAAUACACGUUCCAGGUGGAAUACAGCAAGGUGCAUGCUUCGUGGAGUACACAACUAUGGGAGGUAUCAGGCUGGGACACUCACGGGUGACAGAGCGGGUUGGUCAGCGUUGUUGAAUGGAUGGUAGCUUUGCAUGUUCAGGCCAAUCAGCCCAGUUGGUCCCCCGGGACCUAAUUCCACCUGGGUUAGCCAUCUCAGCGACAAAGCCUGUUUAUCCCAAGUACCAUUGAUGUGCAAUACGAAAUUGAGUCUACCAU